AGAGAGCUUUAUAAAAGGUCUCGAGGUCGAAUCUGAAGUCAGUGUAGUGUCUAAUCGUCCGAAGUACUGCAGUCGCAAACAGGGGCAAUAAGAUGCAGACGUCCCACAGGCCUGUGCAGUGGCUCGCUGUCAUGCUUCUUGUCAUUGUUACAACCGGCCAGUGCCAACAAAGCGACAGUCGCCGAGCUGUGACCGAACACCAGCUGAUGCACGACCGCGGCCGAACCAUCCAGAGUCUCAAGAGACUCUUCUGGCUGUCCAGCGCGAUCGAGGGUCUCCACACAGCACAGACCCGCUCUGCUGCUUUCAGCCCCACAAGGGUCUUAAACCUGGCUCUGAAUCCAGAGCUGAUCCCUGAUGAUGGAAACCCCCAGAACGCCCGAGUCAGGAGCCUCCUGAGAGACUUCUUUAAUCCGUACCUGCCAAACGGGGACGACUAACAACACACAGAAGCAAAAACAUGAAGCUAAACAUAUAUGAAAAUUUUAUUGUGUCAAUUGUUUGAAUAAUAAAAUGCACAAAAAGCACAACUACAAAAUCAUCCGGAGUGCCCAAAGCACCCAUUCAGCUGCAGAUGUGUCUCAAGUGUUUAAAAGCAGCUGUAAGUUUAAGUUUAGUUAAUAGAGCUGCAUGAAAGUGUUUCAGUGGGUGUAGUGAUAAGGUUUCAAUGUAUGACUGCAUACGUCUAUAUGACUGCAUAGGCUUUAAAAAACAUUUAUUGGGGUUUAUUGAUGUUGUUGUUUUUUGUUUUUUAAUCAUGACUGAAUAUCACACGUUAAGGCCAACACACACCAAAUUAUCUAGAUAACAAAUAUAAAACUUGUUGGUUAUUGCAGACUUUUUUCAAUAUCCAGCUUUAGUUUUAGGACCAGCAUAUUCAUGUGUUUGAAAGCCGCCAUUUAGACAAUUUCAUAACUGCAGAUGAUGCCUGCAAAACUCGAAGUCACAAUAAACCUAACUGUGACAGAUA